GGAAAAUUUUCACAUUUGAUGGAUCAUGAGGUGGAAGUUACAGAAGAAUUAUCCUUUAUUUUUGUUAGAUUAGUGAAUCAAGUGUGACAAGGAAUGCAUCAUUGUCGAGUUUACUGUCAUAGUGAAUUAUAAUGUCGGGAUUAGAAGAGUUAAAGAAGAAGCUAGCACCUUUAUUUGAUGCCGAGAAGGGCUUCUCGUCUGGAUCUACACUUGAUCCUUAUGAUUCGUAUAUGCUUUCUGAUGGUGGAACUGUCAACUUAUUGAGUAGAUCAUAUGGAGUGUAUAACAUUAAUGAGCUUGGGUUGCAAAAAUGCACAUCUUCACCCGUGGACGAUACAGAACAAGGUGAAAAGACGUAUCGGUGUGCAUCUCAUGAGAUGCGGAUAUUUGGGGCGAUAGGUAGUGGUGCAAGCAGUGUUGUUCAAAGAGCUAUGCAUAUUCCCUCUCAUAGAAUUCUUGCAUUGAAGAAAAUUAAUAUAUUUGAGAAGGAGAAAAGACAACAGCUUUUGACAGAAAUACGAACGCUUUGUGAGGCACCUUGUUCUGAGGGCCUUGUGGAAUUCCAUGGAGCUUUCUAUUCCCCUGACUCGGGGCAAAUAAGCAUAGCUUUAGAGUACAUGGAUGGAGGGUCACUGGCAGAUAUCUUGAGAUUGAGGAAAAGUAUGCCGGAACCAGUCCUUUCAUCUAUGUUUCAGAAGCUCCUGCAGGGGCUGAACUACUUGCAUGGAGUAAGGCAUUUGGUUCACAGAGACAUCAAGCCUGCAAAUUUGCUCGUAAAUCUAAAGGGGGAGCCCAAAAUAACAGAUUUUGGCAUAAGUGCUGGCCUAGAUAAUUCAAUGGCAAUGUGUGCUACCUUUGUUGGAACUGUUACAUACAUGUCACCAGAGCGAAUUCGAAAUGAUAGCUAUUCUUAUCCUGCUGAUAUAUGGAGCCUUGGUCUUGCUCUCUUUGAGUGCGGCACUGGAGAAUUUCCAUAUACAGCCAAUGAAGGACCUGUUAAUCUCAUGUUGCAGAUCUUGGACGAUCCAUCCCCAUCACCACCAAAAGACAAAUUUUCACUAGAGUUCUGUUCAUUUAUUGAUGCUUGCCUGCAGAAGGAUGCAGAUGGCAGACCAACAGCAGAGCAGCUUCUUUCCCACCCGUUUAUCAAAAAGCAUGAGCAUGCUGGAGUUGACUUAGCAGCAUUUGUUCGAAGCGUUUUUGAUCCAACACAAAGACUGAAAGAUUUGGCUGAUAUGUUGACAUUACACUAUUACUUACUAUUUGAUGGACCAGACGAAAACUGGCAGCAUGCAAGGACCCUGUACAAUGAAGAUUCAACUUUUAGUUUCUCGGGGAAGCAGUUUGUUGGUCCAAAUGAUAUCCAUGCGAUGCUUUCCAGUAUCCGGAGCACAUUAGCUGGUGACUGGCCCCCUGAAAAGCUUGUACAUGUUGUAGAAAAACUUCAAUGCCGUGCACAUGGUCAAGAUGGAGUAGCGAUCCGUGUCUCGGGAUCUUUCAUCGCCGGAAAUCAGUUUCUAAUCUGUGGCGAUGGCUUACAAGUAGAGGGCAUGCCUAACUUUAAAGAUCUUUCUAUCGAUAUUCCUAGUAAGCGAAUGGGUACAUUUCAGGAGCAAUUCAUAAUGGAACCAGGAAAUCUCAUCGGUUGCUACGUUAUAGCUAAACAAGAACUUUACAUUCUUCAAUAGGCAAACCACAAGCACGCUCUCCUCUGAGGUUAUAUUACUUCUUCAAUUCCCUCCUUCCAUUGUUGACCAUGGCUUGCAUGUAGUCCAUGUUGGUAUUCUGCCGAUUAGAGUAAGCCGCGCGUUCUGCCUUUGUAACAUAUAAGAUAAAACUAUUGCCAUGGUCAUUGGUGUAAUUUGCUGAACUUAUCAAUACACAGAUGUGUAGACCGACUGAUAAU